UUAUCUCAUUUACCUUUUGGACAGUCAUCAAAAUGGAAGCGAAAUUGCUGCGCUACAUUAGGAUAUAACAUUAACCUUCGCCUGUGUUAAGACAGUUUUUGUUAAACAUUUUAGCUGCGUUAUAUCAAACAUCCUGUUUGCACUUUCUUGUCAAGUACUUUUCCACAUCAUGAGUCAUUUAUCAGGGAGGCUGUGACCAGAGUAGCCGACACGCACCGGAUGAGGCUGACUUCCCUGCACAUCGGACAGAAAUCUCGCUGCAAUACGAGACCAACAAAGCCCGAGACCUUCUCGACCACCUCCUCAUCAUCAUGUCGGUAUCGCAGACGUGCGAGGCAUCAUCCUCGCUUCAGAUUUGCAGGCUCAUGCGUCCCGACGAUGCAAACAUUGUGGGCAAUGUCCACGGUGGCAUCGUCCUCAAGAUGAUGGAGGAAGCUGGAUGCAUCAUUGGCACGCGACACUGCAACACACAAAGUGGGGACCGCUGUUUGGCAGCUCUGGUCCGGGUGGAAAAGACCGAGUUCCUGACCCCCAUUUUCAUUGGCGAGGUUGCCCACGUCACUGCUGAGAUCACUUACACCUCCAAGCACUCCCUGGAGGUGCAGGUCAAAUUCAUGGCUGAGAACAUCCUCACAGGUGCCAAAAAGCUGGCCAACAAGGCAGCGCUGUGGUACGUCCCCUGCUCUCUGCAGAAUGUCGACAAGAUCAUGGAGGUGCCGGCCAUCAAGUAUGCCAGUGCAGAGCAAGAGGAGGAGGGCAGAAAGCGCUAUGAGGCUCAGAAGAUGGAGAGACAGGAGACCAAAGCAAGGACUGAAGAGGUGAUGCCACCUCCACCCAACCCAGAUGAUCUACAAAAAGAACAACACACUGUUGGCUUCAGCCAGUCCAGUCUGAUCCAUUUGGUGGGCCCUACUGACUGCACACUGCACAACUAUGUUCAUGGAGGUGUAACCAUGAAGCUGAUGGAUGAGGUCGCCGGCAUUGUGGCAGCUCGGCACUGCAACACCAACAUUGUCACAGCCUCUGUGGAUGCCAUCAACUUCCAUCGCAAGAUCAAGAAAGGCUCUGUGGUGACUGUGACGGGUCGGCUUACAUUCAUCAGUAACAAGUCUAUGGAAAUCGAAGUGUUGGUAGAUGCUUCCUCACUGGUGGAGGCAGAGAAAGGGAAAUAUCGAGCUGUCUCUGCCUUCUUCACCUUCAUCUCCCUGGACAAGGACAAUAAGCCUCUGCCCGUCCCUCCUCUUAAGAUCAACGGAGAAGAGGAGCAAAGACGUUUUGAAGAGGGCAAAGCGCGUUACCUCCAGAGUAAAGCAAAGAGACUUGCAAAUCAGGCGCGCCAGCAGUGAUGCCGCUGCUUACCAGAGUUGUUAAACGCCUGCAACAGUAUAUCAACCCCACACAGCACAUACAGUAUAAAGGGACUAAAAAACCCUCUCCUGUUCUGUAACUGUAGCCUCCUGUUAAACCUGUGAUCUCUUUUUUCCCUGUGCUAUGCACCAAAGUAUCCACAUAUAGCUGUAUAUCUAUGUAAAAGUAAGAGUACAUAUUUUUAUUGAUGUAUGAAGACUAUUCUUGAUCACUGCAAAGUGCCAGUCUGACUGUAUGUAGAAGUAAGAGUACUAUUUUAAUUUAAGAAGUUUGUUAAGUAUGACGACUUCAUGAUCUGUGAUAGUCUAAGUGCAAGGAAAAUGCUGAAUAAGUGUGUGAAUAGUAAUGAAUAAAAGAUCCAAGCGUGA